CUGAAAACCAAGUGGGGAGAUGAAGGAUUGCACCGUCCUACACCAGAGAAUACAGACAAGAUAGACACCACACGUAGAUCCUGACCAUCACCCAAGGAACAAUUGCAUAACUGUAGGAAGACAUCCAGUCCCUUCACAGCAUUGUUCAACACCGAGGACGUUGGGCAGUGAAACCAUCACCUGGAAAUCGGCCGGGUUAGGGGAGCUUUGAAUAUCAUUAGAUCUGAAACUGAUCAGUGGUGUGGAACCUUCCAUCAACCAACCUUUCCAAAGGUUCAGCUGUGGAUGAUCAGUCAGGGUGAGGCUGGGAAGAAGUGUGAGUGGGCUCCAAGUGUGGUGAGAGCUUCAAUCAUUCACUGAGCUUCAUGAACCACUGACUCAUUCCUGCAGGUGAGAGGCUGUUCAAGUGCGAGGCGUGUGAGGAGGACCUCACAGGCUCAUAAGAUCCUCUAACACGCAAGGUGCAUCAGUUGUCCCAUCAGGAGCACAAAGGCAGCCACAUGGAAGAGAAACCAUUCAAAUAUAAGUUGUGCGAUCACAUCUUAACACAUCCAUCGACAUUUGAGAAUCACCGAUGUAGCCAAACUCAAGAGAAGCCAUUCGAAUGUGAGGUGUGUAACAAAGGUUUUGCACAAUUAUCAGGCCUGGUGAAUCACCAGCUCUUUCAAACCGGGGAGAAACCAUUCAUGUGUGACAUCUGCAACAAAUCAUUCUCGCAGUCAUCAAACCUCCAUGUACACCAACGCAUUCACACAGGGGAGAAACCAUUCCCCUGUGAGAUGUGUGCCAAAUCAUUUUCAUCAUCAUCGGAUCUCUGCAAACACCAACGCAUUCACACUGGGGAGAAACCAUUCAUGUGUGAGGUGUGUGAGAAAUCAUUCUCGGAUUCAUCCAAUCUCCGCAGACACCAACGUACUCACACGAGGAAGAAACCAUUCCCUUGUGAGAUGUGUGACAAAUCAUUUUCGUCAUCAUCAGAAUUCUGUACACACCAACGUAUUCACACUGGAGAGAAACCAUUCACAUGUGAGGUGUGUAAGAAAUCAUUCUCGUCAUCAUCAAAUCUCUGCAAACACCAAAACAUUCACACAGGUGAGAAACCAUUCAUGUGUGAGGUGUGUGAAAAAUUAUUCUCAACAUCAUCAGAUCUCCAUGUACACGAACGCAUUCACACAGGUGAGAAACCAUUCACAUGUGAGGUGUGUGAGAAAUCAUUCUCAUCAUCAGGGAACCUCCGCAAACACCAACGCACUCACACAGGGGAGAAACCAUUCACAUGUGAAGUGUGUGAGAAAUCAUUCUCAUCAUCAGGGAACCUCUGUAAACAUCAACGCACUCACACAGGGGAGAAGCCAUUCACAUGUGAGGUAUGUGACAAAUCAUUCUCAACGUCAUCACAGCUCCUAGAGCAUCAGAGAAUUCAUACAGGGGAGAAACCAUUCACAUGCAAGGUAUGCAACAAAUCAUUUUUAAGGUCAUCUGAAUUCCACACCCACCAACGCGUUCAUACAGGGGAGAAACCGUUCAGGUGUGAGGUGUGUGACAAAUCAUUCUUGACAUCAUCGAAUCUCCUGGAGCAUCAGAGGAUUCACACAGGGGAGAAGCCGUUCACUUGCGAAGUGUGCGACAAAUCAUUCUCGCUAUCAUCGAACCUCCAUGUACACAAACGCAUUCACACAGGGGAGAAACCAUUCACAUGUGAGGUUUGUGAUAAAUCGUUCUCACAGUCAUCAAGUCUCCGCACACACCAACACAUUCACACACGGGAGAAACCAUUUGUGUGCGAGGUGUGUGGCAAAUCAUUCUCAAGGUCUUCGAAACUCCUGCUCCAUCAUAGGAUCCACACAGGGGAGUAACGUUUCAAGUAUGGUGCUCAUAAUAAAACUUAUUGGCAUCUUUGACCCUCCUGAAACACCAGAGGAUUUAAAUAGGGGAGACACUCUUCAGGUGCGAUGUUUAUGAUAAGCCUUUAAACCACUUUUCUGAUUUUCUGAAUCACCAGUAGAUUUACACUGGAGAGAAACCAUUGAGGUGUGAGCUGUGUGACAAGGUUUUCACACAGUCAGGUUAUCUCCUGGUCCAUCAACACAUUCGCAAGGGGAGAAACCCUAUCAGUGUGAGUUCUGCAAUAAAACAGAUGAGCUGCUCCACCAUUCAGUAAGAUCGUGGCUGGUCUGAUCGUGGCCUUAACUCCACAUUCCACCUACCCCCGAAAGCCUUUGUCUCCCUUGUUAGUCAAGAAUCUAC